AUGAGUACCGAAACUAAAUCGGCCAAGAUCACAAUCGCUGGCGAGCCACUAGCUGAUAAGAGCAACGACAAUCAUCUAGUGGAACCGUCUGAGCAAAAAGAGCAGGCGUCACUGCUACGACGGCUUCUUGUUCCCUCACAGAGAAACGGCAGCCCCGAUGCAAUCGCAACCGUCCGAAGCGUUUUUGACGAUCCUUUGCUUGCAAGAUAUUAUCAACCACACCCCGACUAUGAAAACAUUGCCUCGUUCGACCCCAGUGCAAGGUGGACCUACCGUGAGGAAACUGCAGUUCGACGCAAAACAGAUUGGACGGUUCUUAUGUGGAUCUUGGUGAUGUUCUUCGGAUUGAAUCUCGAUCGGGGGAACUUGGCAAACGCUGCAGCGGAUAAUCUCCUUGACGACUUGCAAGUCACCACCAACGACUACAAUAAUGCGCAAAACAUGUAUCGCAUUGGUUUCCUCAUCGCCGAAAUCCCGUCCCAGAUGAUCGGCAAAAGACUUGGCCCCGACCGGUGGAUUCCGAUCCAGAUAAUUUUAUGGAGCUUGGCUUCCGGUGGCCAAUUCUUCAUGCAGAACCGGGCUGGGUUCUUUGCUUGCCGCUUUUUCAUUGGUCUAUUUAUGGGAGGGUUCAUUCCUGAUUCCAUCUUAUAUCUGUCUUAUUUCUAUACCAAGUCCGAGAUGCCAUUCCGCCUUGCAUUAUUUUGGUUCGUGGAUUCUAUGUCUGGCGUGAUUGCCUCCUUCAUCGCAUACGGUGUUCUACAUAUGAGAGGCGUAGCAGGCCGUGAAGGUUGGAGAUGGCUUUUUCUCAUCGAGGCACUUAUCAGCAUUGUUAUCGGCUUCUUGAGCUUUCUCUUCCUCGUUCCUGGUCCCACACAGACCAAGACCUGGUGGAAUCCCAAGGGGUACUUUUCCGAGAGAGAAGAGAAGAUUAUUGUCAAUCGCGUGCUCAGAGAUGACCCAUCGAAGGGGGACAUGCAUAAUCGCCAAGGUCUUUCACUUAAAAUGCUUUGGCAAAGUUUAAAAGACUAUGACCUUUGGCCAAUUUAUGCAAUUGGGUUGCUUUUCGAAAUCCCAACCGCGCCCCCGAAGACGUACCUAACGCUGUCACUCAAGGCCAUUGGAUUCAGUACCUUCCAAACCACUUUACUAUCGAUUCCCGUUACCGUCUUUGCGUCAAUAAACCUUCUCCUUGUCACAGAGCUAACGGAGCGUUUCCACAAAAUCUCACUCAUUGGUCUGUUAACACAACUAUGGUCUCUUCCACUACUCAUCAUUCUCUAUACUUCUGCCGGGAGUUUAUCCCAUUGGGGUCUUUAUGCCGUGACUUUUGUCUUGCUUGGCUGGCCGUCGCCACACGCUGCGCACGUUGGGUGGUGCUCUCGUUUGAGCAAUACAGUUCGGACUCGUACAGUCAGUGCUGCGUUGUACAACAUCACCAUUCAACUUUCUGGUAUCGCAUCAUCGAAUAUAUAUCGCCAGGAUGACAAGCCCCUAUAUCGACGUGGCAAUAAACAGCUUAUAGCCAUCAACAUUGCUACUAUUGUGAUGUAUGCUCUCGCAAACGCAUACUACUUGCGUAGGAACCAAUGGAAAAAAGAUCGUUGGGAGAAGUUGAGUCCCGAGGCCAAAGCGGCUUAUCUAGAGACAACCAAGGAUCAAGGCAAUAAGAGACUGGACUUCCUGUUUGACCACUAG